CGAAGGGGCGGACCGCGCACGCGCGCAGAGCGCCCCGGCUCCGGGAGCAUAAACAAGAGCGGGGAGGGAUGAGGCGGCGAUUGAUCCCGGGGCGGGCGAACGGCGGCGACUCCGGCGGCGAGCGGGGCCCGGCGCCGACCCUGAGUGCACGCGACCCCGUCCCGCGCGCGAGCCUCCGGCCGGGACCACCCGCCCGCCGCGCGCCCACCAUGAACCUGGCCAGUCAGAGCGGCGAGGCUGGCGCCGACCAGCUGCUCUUCGCCAACUUCAACCAGGACGUCACGUCCCUAGCUGUUGGUAGUAAGUCCGGUUAUAAAUUUUUCUCCCUUUCUUCUGUGGAUAAGCUGGAACAGAUCUAUGAAUGCACUGACACUGAAGACGUGUGCAUCGUGGAAAGAUUGUUCUCGAGCAGCUUGGUGGCCAUCGUCAGCCUCAAAGCUCCUCGGAAGCUGAAAGUUUGCCACUUUAAGAAGGGAACGGAGAUCUGCAACUACAGCUACUCCAACACCAUCCUGGCUGUGAAGCUGAACAGGCAGAGGCUCAUCGUGUGCCUGGAGGAGUCUCUGUACAUCCACAACAUUCGGGACAUGAAGGUGCUGCACACCAUCCGGGAGACGCCCCCGAACCCGGCGGGCCUGUGCGCGCUGUCCAUCAACAAUGACAACUGCUACCUGGCCUACCCCGGCAGCGCCACCAUCGGAGAGGUGCAGGUCUUCGACACCAUUAACCUGCGAGCUGCCAACAUGAUUCCCGCUCACGACAGUCCUUUGGCCGCGCUGGCCUUCGACGCCAGUGGAACCAAGCUCGCCACUGCUUCCGAGAAGGGGACCGUGAUUAGGGUGUUUUCCAUUCCAGAGGGACAGAAACUCUUUGAGUUCCGGAGAGGAGUUAAGAGGUGUGUGAGCAUCUGCUCGCUGGCCUUCAGCAUGGACGGCAUGUUCCUCUCCGCCUCCAGCAACACAGAGACAGUGCACAUCUUCAAACUCGAGACUGUGAAGGAAAAGCCGCAGGAGGAGCCCUCCACCUGGACCGGCUACUUCGGGAAGAUGCUCCUGAACUCCACCAGCUACCUGCCCUCCCAGGUCACAGAGAUGUUCAACCAGGGCAGGGCCUUCGCCACGGUCCGCCUGCCCUUCUGCGGCCACAAGAACAUCUGCUCCCUGACCACAAUUCAGAAGAUCCCCCGACUGCUGGUGGGAGCGUCCGACGGCUACUUGUACAUGUACAACCUGGACCCCCAGGAGGGCGGCGAGUGCACCCUCAUGAAGCAGCACAAGUUGGACGGCAGCAUGGAGACAACCAAUGAGAUCUUAGACUCUGCCUCUCACGACUGCCCCUUGGUAACCCAGCCCUACAGCACAGCUGUGGCCAAAGGCACUCACGCGCCUGCAUCUCCCACGAGACUGGCCUACACGGACGAGCUGGGCGCCGUGGGCGGCGCGUGCCUGGAGGAGGAAGCCAGCGCCCUGCGGCUGGAGGAAGACAGUGAGCACCCUCCCAUGAUUCUGCGGACGGACUGAACUUGAGCUGUGAACUCUGACCCCACAGCAGAGAACACUGGCUGACAGGACUUUGUGUGAUGCUGCUACGAACUUUGACCUGAGUUGGGGGAGAGGAUGGCAGAGACUUAAAAAGAGAAAAAGGUUGUAGUUGUAGUCUCUUUCCCUACUGAGAAAUACAUGGUUUUCACUUCAGUGGCUUUUAAUCUGCUAUGAAUUUCA